CUCAGUGACAGUGAGGAGAGUGAUGACAACCAGGUUCUUGAAAAGGCUCCUUCUCCACUUGCUGCUCCAAGAUUUUUGCAAUCCAGCACCCCAGAGUCAGGGAGCACCAGUGGCUCUGAGAGCUCCUCGGGCUCAGAGACCAGUGACUCAGAGAGCUCUUCAUCCUCGGACACCACCGACUCAGAGAGCUCCUCGGGCUCAGAGACCCGCCACAUUGGGGGUGUCAAAAGGCCUGGCAAGGCCCUGGUGCACAACGGGGCCAAGAGAUGCCGGAAGGAGGACAGCAACCCUGAUCCAUUGGAGAUCAGAGCCCAGUCUUCCAGGGACAAACAGAAAGACAGAAAAGACCUGAAGCCGGCCCUCCAAGAGCCCCUUGAGAACAGAAAGGGCUCCCACCAGGCCAAAGUCAAAGAGCCCUUUGCUCUCGGGGUGAAGAAGUUGCUCUCACCAGUGGGAGACCCCGCAGCUCCUGAGCCUGUCCGGGUGAAAGAAGAGCUCCAGAAGAGAGCAGAGACCAAGGACUUCCCUCAUGCAGGGAAGCAGGACUUGAAGAGGAGAGCCAUGGACAGUCCUGAUGAGCCCAGCGGGAAGAAAAAG